AUGUCUACUACUGGAUCAACAUCUGUCAUCACCUCAUCUCCAAAUGCUUUGCUUAUAAACUACUCCAAUAGCCACUGCUGCUCCGCUGCACCACACCUUUCACACAUCCAAAGGUUUAUGGACCCCCUUUUGAAGAAAGAGGCUGCACCCCUUAAAGUGUACUGCACACUAGAGGAUUUCCUCCCAGUCAAUAUGGGACAAAAGCCAUGCUAUACAACAUGUUAUUACAGCACCGAGGAUAGAUCCUGGACAACAAUGAGUGGCUGCCCAGACUUUACAAAACCAUGGAGUCCAGGUUUGGAGGAUGAGUGUAUGGCAUUCCUUAACAACAUUGUACUAAAGGUCUACUCUGCAUUACCGAGCAGGGCAACUGCCUCCUUGAGAUGGUGGAUUGCUGCCAACUCAAUCCGUUCAGUAGAAGACGGUGGUGGCAAAUGGCGUCCUGACCUAGUCUUGAUGAGUGCUAGCUCUGACAACCCCACCAAUCCCAAAGCUCUUCCACCAGCAAAAUGGAGAAGUGUCCAUGCACUGGCUGAGCUUAAGGACAGGGAGAAAAACUCAGUGCCCCUCCACGAGCAGAUUUUUCAGCUGAUGGGACUCUAUGUUGAAUUAGACGCUCCCUACAUGUGUCCUGCUGGAUGUGGAAGGUCAUUUGCAACAGCUCAUGCUGUUAACACACAUCUUGGCUCUGCAAAAAAAUGCCUGUGGUACCACAAAGGAAAGUCACGAUCACUUGCUAUCCCACAGCCACAAGAAGAUAAUGGAGAGGAAGCUAGUGGAUUAGACAUGUUAAUAGAUGAUGAGCAUAUGGAGGAGGCAAUUGGCGAAGUACUACAGGAGUUGCAAGAGGAUCUUUUUUCAUUCAUUCCAAUCGCACAUUCUGACAUUAUUGAUGAUGGGGAGAAUGCAGCAGGCCCAUCCCUUCAUCAGAACUCAAUAGUCCUAGAUGACAAUGAGGAUGAAUGUAUGGAGGUAGAACAUCCCACAGCUGGCAAGGUCAUAAGCAUGGAUGAGACUUUACAUCAGAGGUGGAGAAGAGAAUCCAUUGCAGCAGGUCGGGAUGGUCAAGACGUAGAAAUGGGUGAAGCUUCAGACCCCAAGUUCUUCUCCUUUGCCUCGGAGACGGAUUGGAGAGUAGCAUGUUGGGCAAUUCAAGAUGGUAUAGGGCACCAGUCUUUUAAUUGGCUGUUAAGUAUCCCAGGUGUCAGGGAGAAGCUGGGGCUUUCUUACCUUAAUAUACGUAGAUUACACAAGAUUGUUGACUACAGCAUACCAUUUAGGGCUGAAUAG